AUGGACAAAGAGACGUCAAGCGAAUCAAAGGGGAGAGAGAUUAAGAACUAUUAUGGAAGCUCAAAGCUCAAUAUACAGAAGUUGCGGGAAACAGUGUCCGAAACCAAAAAGAAAGAGAUAAAAGGGAUCAUUGCACGCCAUGAGGCGUUGUUUAAAGAAUUAUUCUAUACAAUAGAAAGUGAGAAAAAUGACGGAUCUGAUUGGAAUCAAGUAGAUAAAAAAUUACACUCGUAUCUACAGGAACGAAGGCUCCAAUAUGAAAGUGCAGAGAGCGCGACCCAAAAAGAAGUUUUGAAACCAUACGAAUUAAGAAUUAGCACCACUCUCACAUCGAGUGCGGCAAAUGCGAGUUCAACUCGUCCAGGAGCCGGCCCGAGUUCCGCAUCGACUGAACCUUCAACCCCAAUAGAACCAUCACCUACCACUAAAAGACCAAAACGCAUACCACCACCUCCCAUCGAGCGAAUGGUGACGCGAGCUGCGAGUGGUGCUAUUGCGCCUAAAAGCGUUGACGAGAUAUUGAAGGAUGCUGAGCGAAAUGCUCAUCCAUAUUCCCCAAUAUCUGCUUCUGCAACUUCACCACAAAGCGCCAAGUUUCCUUUAAAGUUAUCAGUAAAUACGCAUCAGAGAAAAGACAGUAAGCGCAUAACGUCUGGACGGUCCCCAGACUCUGCUAGAACACCCACUACACAUAUGAUACCUCGUCAGUCCGAACAAUCGAGACCAUUUGAUCGCGAGGCGAUUCUUGCUCAUUAUCAAGAGGCGCCACUUCAUGCUGUUUUACAAGAGUUUAACAAAGUCAUACUCACUUCUGAUUGGCAGCUUGCUCAGGAAGAGGUUAGAAUGGUGAAGGUUUUGAAAGAAAUUGAAGAAAGAAAAGUGAAUCAGACACUGAGCACAAGACAGAGAGAGAGGUUCAGAGAUCCAACUCGUCUGCCUAUUCUAUGGGAUGUUUUACUCUACCAGAUGAAUUUGAUGGCUAUCGACUUUUAUGAGGAGAGAAAGCUAAAGAAAUUAUGGGCUUACCAAUUAGCUCAUGCUUGUGCUGAAUGGCAUAAUAGCAGCGAGGAAAAGAAGCUCACCCUUUGUGUUCGGCGUUUAAAUUCUCAGAAAGCCGUUAGCAUACAACCAUACAUAAUUAUCAAACUAGAAGAAGACUCAGGUCCAAUUGAGGGCGAUCAAACAGAUGGUAUUAAACGGAAUAUUGGAACAACAGGUGUUAUGCGCGAUGAAGUCAUGGUCGACGUCUGUUCAGUACAAGACCAAGAAUCUUCGAUUUUCGGCAAAAAAUUAACAAAAACGACAGAUAGCGCAACAUCUCAUCAAUUAUCUCCAAAUGAUUGUGAACGAUUACGGGAAAGGAUAAGUGCAAUGAGCUUCAAUCAAAGUAUAUUUCCAUUGCCUGAAGGUGUUGAAAGUGCCGAAGAAUUGUUCCCAGAGUUGCCAGUAUUGGGUGCGUCCGGAUUGCCAAACGGGUAUUAUAUGGACCCUUGUGAUUACGGACCGCUUGUUCCUUUGUCUCCU